AUGUAAGAACGGUUUAUGAGGGCUAUUCAAGAGUUGGAUACCCUUUUAAGAGAAACUGAAACCGGCAAGAUUAAGCUCAGUCUUACUCUUAAAGAUCUAGCGCAACUGCAUCACUUACAGUCCAGACUUCAGGAGUGUAAGUUUCUCAAUUCAAUCUAUUCCGAGGAAAGCAGAAUUAAAUAAUACCUUAACAAAUCAGUGACAGUCAAUCUAUAAAUUCAAGAAGAACUGUGUUCAAUUAUAGAAUCAAAAAUGGAAUCAAUUGCAUCUAAUUUCAAUCAUCUAGAUAAAUUAAUUCUCUAUAUCUUGAAUUAAACAAUGAAUAAAGCAACUAUGAAGAAUGUACUUAGACAAAUUAGCAAUAUUAUAUUGGGCAGCAAUAAUUUCACUUUGCUAAGAUUUUAAGAAAAAUCCGUAGAGAGUGUCUCUACUGAUGAAUUUAUUGAACAAUAACUAACAUUAGAAUAGAAAUUACAACUCUAUUAAUAAUUCCGUGGCGACCAACUCGAAAUCCUCACUUUUAAACCCACUGGGCAAUUGCAAUAGAUAUUCAAAAGCAGCUCUUUAUAGGUCAUUAGAGUACCAUAGAAACUGAAUGCCUAAACCCAUUCUUCACUCAUAAUAUAUGAAGUAUAACAGUUUGCCAAAUUGCCUCAAUCGAAACCCCAUCAAAUUAAACUGAUUUGUGAUCAACUAAUUACUAUAGGUUAUGACUAUUUAAAUGAGAAUUACCAUAAAGAUGACUUAAUCAAUUCAGUCAGAGCCAUAGGUUAGUUUUUAAUUAAAAAUGCACCAAUCUUAUUUUAGGAAUGCAUUAGGAAUGAAAUCGAAAAAAAACUCAACACUAAAUGGUAAUAGUUUAAUUUUAUUAAAAGUGAAAUUAUUUAAUCAACCAAAAACUCAAAAGACACUAGUUUUGCAAUUUUAGAAAAUUAAACUUAGUGCUUUAUUCCAGUUAUGUCGAAUCAUGUUGUUUAAUUCUAUUUACAUAUGGAGAAUGUUUCAUUGGACAUAAUCACUUUUGCAGAUUUUAUGUCACAAUUAUGGUAGUAUUUCAAGCAUUGCUUAAGAGAAUUAAAAGAUAAAGAAUUUCUAUACUAAAUCAUAGAAGUAAGUACACCAACCAAAUUAGUAAUUGCGUCUGAUCUACAUCUGAAUAUUAUUUAUUAGAGUGGUUCUGUGCCUUCUUCAUGGAAUUUCUUGGAUCUCAGCAAUUAAUAAAUCGAUUGUUAUUAAAACUUGACAGAAAUAAAAAUGGAAGAAAUCUACAAAACCAUGUUGCUAUCAUCUUUAGAUGAAGUAUAGAAGAGUAAAAAAGGAGCAAUCGAUGUUGGUUAAAUCAUUUAUCAUGAUAAAUAUGUAGAUAUUGCAAUUUAUGUGAAAAAAGAUGAGAAAAAUGAAAUUAAUUAAUUUUUUAUUGUUUUUGAUCAACCCAAGAAAAGAUUUGAAUCAAAACGUCACUCAAAAAGUGAAAUCAAAGAAUCUGAAACUCUGGCAAGCUUAAAAUAGGAGAAAAUAGAGAAAGCAUGUUUAGUAUUACAAGAGACAUUAAAUUUGAAUCUAUAAACAGAUGAGAUAAUUGAUAUGCUCAAAGAACAUGCAUUGAUGACAAUCAUUGAACAAAAAGAAUUAAUAACUGAAGACAUCAGAUAAACCUAUGUUUUAGAGUAUUAUAGAAACUCUGAAUAGGUGUAAACUUAUCGUAGGACAGUGAGUGAGUCAGAUACUCCUUUUGCAACUAAAACGUUGAUUCAAGAAUAAUAAUUGACUAAUGCAAAAAAAAUGGAACUGUUUUAAUUAAGACCUGAUGAUUUGGAAAAUCUGAAUAACUGGUGUUUUGAUAUUACAAUAUAGAAAGAUCAAAUAAAGCAUUAUACUUGGGCAUUGUUCCAUUUAUUAAACUAUUUUGACAAAUACCAGAUGUAUAAGGAAACAUUUUUUCAAUUUUUAGUUGCAAUAGAGGAGAGAUACAACAGUCGUCGUAAUCCCUUUCAUAAUUUUGAGCAUGGUUUUACCGUGGCUCAUGCAUGUUAUUAUAUGAUAAAGAAUAAGCUCUUAGAUGAAUAUUUGGAUUAAACCGAAUAAUUUGCAGCAAUAUUGUCGUCGCUUUGUCAUGAUAUUGAUCAUACAGGUCGAACAAAUGGAUUCGAAGUUGCUAGAAUGUCUAAAUUGGCAGUGAGAUAUAAUGAUGAAAGCGUGUUGGAGAAUCAUCAUGCUGCAAUGGCCUUUAAAAUAAUGCAGAGGGAGAAAUAUAAUAUUUUAUCAAAUCUUUCUCAAGAGCAAUUCUAGAAGGUGAGGAGAUUCAUGGUUUCCAAUAUCUUAGCAACAGACAUGAAGAAGCACUUUGAUUUAGUGUCAUCUUUAGAGAUCAAGUAUAAAAAUGGAGAAAUGAACAUCGUCAAUAUGGACACCAAAAGAGUGCUUUCAGGGUUAAUAGUGCACACUUGCGAUUUAACACAACCUACAAAGAGGUUUGAAAUAACGAAGAAAUGGUCGAUUAGAAUACAGAAUGAGUUUGACAAUCAAGUGGAAGAGGAGAGGUUAUUGGGAUUACCGAUUACUUAACAUUUAGUGUGUUAAAAUUUACCAAAAUAAGAAUUAUCAUUUAUUAGAAAUAUCAUCCAACCAUUGUAUGCGUUGACGUCGUCGAUUUUGAAUAAUGGAUUAUCUGUUGCUUUGAAGUGUUUGGAGGAGAAUGAGAAAGAAUGGACGAAAUUACUGAAUUGA